AGUCAGAACUCGCCAGCUGAUCGCAAGAAGGAAGACCACUCUCAUUCGUUUCUGAUAUUUGUAACGUUCAAAACACCCACAACAAUGGCUACGGAGGGUGUAAAGGGCAAAAAAGUCAUAAAACUCGGAGAUAUGAUGGCCAACUUGCCCAAAUUAGACGAGUUCCAGAUGAAAAUAUUGGUGGCGGUUUUGGUCGGUCUCCUCACUCUGUACAUUCUCUUCCGACUCUUCCGGUCAGGCAGCAAGCGCCGUGGAGUGCUGCUGAUGGGGCUUUGUGAAUCUGGCAAGACGCAGCUCUUCUCACGGAUUUGCUACGGGGCUGAUGUCACCACAGUCACUUCCAUGAAGCCCUCUAAUGCAGAAUUCAAAGUUGGCAAGAAAUCUUUGACUAUAUACGACGUACCAGGUCACGAACGCAUACGCUAUGCUGCCUUUGAGAAAAUCAAGAAUGUCACUGGAGGUAUAGUCUUCCUGGUGGAUUCAGCAACUAUCCAGAAAGAUGUCAGGGAUGCAGCUGAAUUCCUUUACAGUGUACUGUGUGAUGAAACCAUUCAAAAUGGUCAGCCAAGGAUUCUAGUGGUUUGUAACAAGCAGGACCUUCCCCUGGCCCGUUCUGCCCAGCUCAUCUGCAAGAUGAUGGAGAAGGAAAUGAACCUCCUACGAGAGACACGCUCCAGCCAGCUGCAGUCGACCAGCGGCACAGGGAACAAUAACAGCUUCCUUGGGCAUCCUGGUCAAGACUUUGAGUUUGGACACCUAGGAGGAAUCAAGGUGGACUUUGUGGAGGCUGUAACAAAAGAAGGGGAGAAAAUUGAUCCUGUCACAUCUUGGAUAGAGAGAUUGGCUUAAGAGGUAGCAUGCUGCACAUGAUGUGGAUGGUGUAAUGCCCUCAUACCAAGUUGUCCCAUGCGUUGGAGAGGCUGAUGAGAUCUUCAGGCUGACUGUAAUCUUGACAGCUGUCAGUAGAAACUCCUCCUUUUGAGAUUCAAGAAAUACAAGACAGUCAGAAUAUCACAUGACUGCAAGACAUUCUGAAUUGAGAAUGUAGAAAUGAGCCACUGCAAAUAAUUUAGCCAAGUCAGAUUUUUUGAUUCUCAUUAUACCCAAAAUGCUAGAGAAAUGUGUGGUUAUUUAUCAACUGUGCUCUAGUAAAAAAAAGAAAGUAGUUUUUUUUUUCCUGCUAGCAUAUGUACCUUGAAAGACUUUUGUGAAUAAGUAGAUAAGGUCAACAGUGUGUCAUAUAUUUGUUAUUUCUUCAUGUUUAACAUUAAAAUUAAAAUGAAUAAUUUGUGUUUGAGUUUAUUAUUAUUACUUUCUUUAUUUAUAGAUUGACUUGAGAACAGAUAGUAGUAGUUUAACUUAAAAUAAACAGCAUAUUGUUGUUGGCUUUUUUUGUAGUUUAUGUAAUCAGUACAUACGUACAGUAAUCAGUUUUAGGAAAUUGUUUUCUUUGAUGAGAGUUUGGUACUUGGUACAGCAAUUGAUUUUUGUAUUACUGAAGACAAAUAAAAUAACCAAUUGA